AUGUCAUCUAUUCGUCUCCCACCCCCGGUAGUAAUACCAGAGUCCCAGAGCACAGUCGAUGUCUACAUUAUUGAUACAACAAGCUACAUGAGCAUGGUCCCCGCCUCAAGCUUCGUGGAACCCCUCGUUUCUGGGUUUGAGACCCUCAACGCUGGCUCAUAUGCCUUCCUCAUUGAACACACUAGCUCCAAGCCAUCAAAACACGACACCAUGGUGUUUGAUCUGGGUGUUCGUAAAGACUGGGAACAUCUGCCCGAUACCUUUGUCGCAGCUGUCAAAGAAGAAGGAUGGAGCAUAGAUGUUCAAACAGAUGUUGCCUCCAUCCUUCGUGACAAUGGCCAGGACCUGAAAAGUGUUGGAGCUAUUAUCUGGUCGCACUGGCAUUUCGACCAUGUUGGUGAUCCGCAGACAUUUCCUUCAUCCACAGAUCUAAUUGUCGGUCCCGGCUUCAAACAAGGAGUAAUGCCAGGCUGGCCGACUGCCAAAGACUCACAUGUUAAUGAAACUGCUUGGCAGGGCCGUAAGUUGAUCGAAAUCGACUUUAGUGGCGAGGCAGCGCUUGAUAUUGGUAGAUUCCAGGCUUAUGACUUUUAUGGAGAUGGGAGCUUUUAUCUCUUGAACUCACCUGGCCAUGCAGUUGGACAUAUGUCGGCUCUUGCCCGCACAACAGCUGAUCCGCCUUCCUUCAUGCUUUUGGGCGGUGACAUUGCCCAUCACUGCGGUGAAUUUAGACCCUCCCCUUACACACCUUUACCCAACAUGAUCACCCCCAACCCUCUUAGCAAUACCCUCUUAGCGUGCCCCGGCAGGCUAUUCCUAUCCAUCCAUCCCUGGAAGGACCCGGAGAGACCCUUCUUUGACCCCACAGUGGGACCGGGCUGGCAUGACGAGGGAGUUCUUGCCAAGGAUAGUAUUGACAAGCUGAUCGAAGCGGAUGCAUACGACAACAUCUUCCCUGUAGUGGCACAUGAUAUGACACUGGUUGGCACAGUCGACCUCUAUCCUAACAAGGCCAACAACUGGAUGUCCCGGGGAUGGAAGGAAGACACACGGUGGGGUUUCUGUGGCGAUUUCACGCCUCUGGAUGAGGAGAUGGUCGCAAGGAACGGCCAGGUAGAAGUACUUGAGGGGCAUCAUGAAGUGAGAGAUUCCGCACAGGAUCCCAAGGUGACUUCGAUUGUUCAUAUGGAGUCUACGGACGUAGAUAAAAAGGCGAAGCUUCACGAUCCCUCAUUCGUAUAA